GUAACCCUCCGCCUGCGGUAGAUGUGCUGAGGCUGGAGUAGCCACCAUUUUGCAUGUCUAGUGUGUUCCUCCCUCCAUUGCUAAUAGAGACGAUUCCAGUUAUUUUCUGGUAUCAUUACGGCUAAGAAUGCCAGCUCCGAUCAGACUGCGGGAGCUGAUCCGGACUAUCCGGACAGCACGAACCCAGGCAGAGGAGCGCGAGAUGAUCCAGAAAGAGUGUGCUGCUAUCCGCUCGUCCUUUAGAGAGGAAGACAAUACAUACCGUUGCAGAAAUGUGGCAAAGCUCCUUUAUAUGCACAUGUUGGGCUACCCAGCACACUUUGGGCAGCUGGAGUGUCUGAAGCUGAUUGCAUCCCAGAAGUUCACUGACAAACGAAUAGGUUAUUUGGGAGCCAUGUUGCUGUUGGAUGAGAGGCAGGAUGUCCACCUACUAAUGACAAAUUGCAUUAAGAAUGAUUUGAAUCACAGCACACAAUAUGUCCAGGGCCUGGCCUUGUGCACUUUAGGCUGCAUGGGAUCCUCAGAAAUGUGUCGUGAUCUGGCAGGAGAGGUAGAGAAGCUGCUCAAAACAUCCAACUCCUAUUUAAGGAAAAAAGCAGCGUUGUGUGCAGUUCAUGUCAUCAGGAAGGUCCCAGAACUCAUGGAAAUGUUCCUUCCAGCCACAAAAAACCUGCUGAGCGAGAAGAACCAUGGUGUUCUCCACACAUCAGUAGUCCUCCUCACUGAGAUGUGUGAAAGAAGUCCUGACAUGCUGGCCCACUUCAGAAAGAAUGAGAAGCUCGUUCCACAGUUGGUGAGAAUCCUGAAGAACCUAAUAAUGUCUGGAUACUCUCCUGAGCAUGAUGUGUCAGGCAUAAGUGACCCUUUCCUGCAGGUGCGGAUAUUGAGACUACUGCGGAUUUUAGGCAAGAGCGACGACGACUCCAGUGAAGCAAUGAAUGACAUCCUUGCACAGGUUGCAACAAACACAGAGACAAGUAAAAAUGUAGGCAACGCAAUCCUGUACGAGACUGUACUGACUAUAAUGGACAUCAAGUCUGAAAGUGGACUGAGGGUCUUGGCCAUUAACAUACUAGGUCGCUUCCUUCUUAACAAUGACAAAAAUAUAAGAUACGUGGCUUUGACAUCUCUACUAAAGACGGUACAGACAGACCACAAUGCAGUGCAGAGACAUCGGAGCACCAUUGUGGAUUGUUUAAAAGAUCUGGAUGUGUCCAUCAAGAGACGUGCAAUGGAGCUGAGCUUUGCUCUGGUGAAUGGCAACAACAUUAGAGGCAUGAUGAAGGAGCUGCUCUACUUCCUGGACUCCUGUGACCCUGAAUUCAAAGCAGACUGUGCAUCAGGAGUCUUUCUAGCCGCAGAGAAAUAUGCCCCUUCGAAAAGAUGGCACAUAGACACCAUUAUGAGAGUCCUGACAACAGCAGGCAGCUACGUGCGAGACGACUCUGUUCCCAACCUCAUCCAGCUCAUCACUAAUAGUGUGGAGAUGCAUGCCUAUACAGUACAGAGACUUUACAAAGCACUGCUGGAUGACAUCUCACAGCAACCUCUAGUGCAGGUAGCGUCCUGGUGCAUAGGAGAAUACGGAGACCUGCUAGUGUCUGGGCAAUGUGAGGAGGAGGAGCCCAUCCAGGUGACUGAGGAUGAAGUUCUGGACGUGUUGGAAGGCCUCCUGGUGUCCAACCUGUCCACACCUGUGACCCGGGGUUAUGCACUGACCGCCAUCAUGAAGCUGUCUACUCGCUUCAGCAGUGUAAACCGAAUCAAGAAGGUGGUUUCUAUAUAUGGCAGUAGCAUCGACGUGGAGCUUCAACAGAGAGCUGUGGAAUACAACGCGCUUUUCAAGAAAUAUGACCACAUGAGGCCAGCUCUCCUAGAGCGAAUGCCUAUUAUGGAGAAAACUGCAACUAAUGGCCCCACAGAGAUUGUUCAGACAAAUGGGGAGACAGAGCCCUCUGUGGUGGAAUCAAAACACCUACCACCUGUCACACAGCCGAGCAACCAGGCUAAUGAUUUGUUAGACUUGCUCGGUGGUAAUGAUGUGGUGCCAGUAAUCCAGACCACGAUGCCCACCAAGCCUGCCUCAGCUGGAGGAGAGCUCCUUGAUCUGCUGGGUGACCUCUCGCUAAGUGGCGGUCCACCCCCUGCUCCUGCCCCCUCAGUGCCCACUUCCCAACCCCCUUUCCUCUUGGAUGGCCUCUCCUCACAGCCCCUGUUUAAUGAUAUUGCAGCUGCAGGUAUCCCUCCCAUGACAGCAUACAACAAGAAUGGUCUGAAAAUAGACUUUACAUUUGAGAGAGCUAACCCCAACCCCAACAUCGCGGUCAUCACCAUCCACGCAUCCAACUCAACAGAGGCAGACAUGACCGACUUUGUUUUUCAGGCUGCAGUACCAAAGACAUUCCAGCUGCAGCUCCUCUCCCCUAGCAGUAAUGUUGUCCCAGCACUCAACCAGGGAACCGUCACACAGGUCAUCAGAGUCCUCAACCCACAGAAGCAACAGCUACGAAUGAGGAUCAAGCUGACGUAUACCCUCAAAGGCUCGGCUGUGCAAGACCUGGCUGAGGUGAAUAACUUCCCCCCUCAGUCCUGGCAGUGAUGAGCUGCUCCCGUCGCUCUUAAAAGCCCCACCAAGGGAACUAUGAAAACGAUUUUCCUUUCACCUCCCACCUUUCUUCCAACGGAUCCCCCUGUGACGUCACUGCAGACCGCUGCCCUCGAGUUGCAUGGGAGGCAGCAGAGCAUUGAACACAGGACAAAUAUACAGAUGCUACGAAGACCCUAUUGACUAUUGACAUCACGAGAAUAAUUGGGUAAACAUAUCAAUCAAUGAACUUUUUCUCUUUUCUUUCUAAAUUGGUUUCCACAAUCUCUUUCCUUAGUAGUACUGUUUUCCACACACAUCCUCUGCCCAGCACCGAUACCACCCACGAAAGCACACACACGCACACACCAUUCACUGUGGUACGCUUUCCCUCUCAAGUCACUGUAGAGAAAAAGUGUUGCCCACUAAAAGCACUGCAGCAGCCAUAGUUUGAUUUUAAAAUGCAGUUGAAGCACUUUGCUCCCUUGAUAUUCCCAAUUGGCUUUGCAUUCAGAUUUUUAUAUGAAACUUCAGCCCCACAACGGCAGCAGAAAAAGCUUCGAAAGGUCUACUUAGUGCAGUCAUAAACUUGUUGGAUAUUUUUGACCCUCCACAUCACGAGUGAUAUAACUUGUCAGAGUUGUAUUCAUUUUGAAUUACAUUAAUUUGCUCCAAGCAUGUUUGAGCAUCAUUAGGAUCACAAUCGCACCUGGAUUUCAGCUGGAAGGGGAUUUUCUGACUCUGGUAGUAGGCCUCUUUUAUCCUAUGUUUCUAUAGGAAUUCGUCUAUAUUUGUUUUGUCACAUUUGAACAUAAACAGAUCCAACAUGCCCACUUUGGUCACCUGUGGGUAGAUUCGGAGAACAUGCUCAGAUCUUCCCGGCUCUCAUCUCAUCUGAAGUGAAGUGACAGCAUUUAGAUCUGUAUAAUAAAUUCAACGGUUAAUUGCUUUGCAUAGUUUGAGGUUGUUCAUUCAUUAUUUUCUAUAGAAUCUAGGCCUGAAAUUUAUCUGAAAACAAGUCGAUUGCAUUUGAGUUAGAGAUCUGUGUUUUAAGCUUUUCCUGCAUCUGUAUCCUCAGUCUAGCUUGCAGUUUAGUUACAUUUCAGAUUUGUUUAACCUGGUUGCACAUACAUGUAAAUUAAGCUUGUUAUGAAUGUAGUUACAUGCACUGAAUGCUUCUCUUCCCCCCCCCCUUCUUCUUUUCAUGUCUUCUUUAACGGGGACUCUCAUCUUAUUGGCACUAUUUUUGUGAAAGUAUGUUUUAUUUCUUCAGUAAUUUGACUUAAUUUAUGCCUGAUAUCAAAGUGAUGUGCCUUUCUGACUUAGCUAGAUAAAGCCCCUGAACUGUUGAGUCAUGUAUGAGCUUCGUUUGUAAGUCUGAGUGUGAUGAUCAUGUUCAAUCUGAGGGAAGUGGUCUUGGAAGGUUUUGAAUUGGUAUGUCACUUCAUUUAAUUUUACGUUUUCACUUCUAUGUCUAAUAUGAAGUUAAUUAUCAAUCACUGAUUAAUACCGGCCCACAUGGACGUCCACAGUAAUGUCUUUAUUCACAAUUUUGACAAAAGCAUAAAUGAUAGCUACAUGAUUCAGAUUCUUUAUUUAAAAUGCGGCAGGUUUUCCAUUAAAACUACCUGUUGGAUGAAAUAAGAAAUCCUAAAAGCAAAGCGCAUCUCAGAAGAUAAUGGCAGCUAAUAGAUAUAAACUUUUCAUAAGCCGACAGUGUUUUUGAAAAGUCCUAAAUGUGUUUUUCAAAUAUCACUAAGACCCCCACCCCACCCCCAAAAACAUUUAAAUGUGAGUUUGGAUCACUCUGAGAGGUACUGGGACAGGUUGUUCUGUGGUGACUGUUUGAUGAUUUCCGUAUGAUUUCUUUGCUCUUGUCUUCUCCAAAUCAGACUUGCUGUCGGGCACAGUAACCUUAAUACCUCACAAUGUUCUGUCUUUCUGUUAACUUUCAGUGGCAGUAGAUUGACAGCUUUGUUUAGUCACGAAUUGCAAUCAAGGGGGGAGCAUCUGCAUGAGAGAAACUAACAGUAGUUUGUACAUCUCAUUGCUUAACAAACCUUAGCAGCUCUGCGAUGCUGUGUUGAGAUCCUCAGAUGUUCAAUCAGGCUGUAUAAUUCUUUUCACUAUGCUUCACUGUCUUCUAACUUCUGUGACCAAAUCAGAGAGACUAUUAGCUUUGGAAAUAUUUUUGAGCUAUGAUAUGUGUAUAUGGAGAAAAUUAUUUCAGUUUAACUUUUUUCUGUUGUUGACAAAUGCUAUAUUGGCUUUUUUUUCUGUACAUAUUGAGGGCUUUUACAAUUUUGUCUCUUGUACUAUCUUUCAUCCUUUUUUUAGAUACCAUUUUCUAAAAAUUCCAAUUAUUCACAAUGUAUAUUGUCUAAAUAGAUCUAGUCAUCAUCAGUCUAUUAAGACUUCCCUGUAUCAUCACUCAUUCAUUGUAAAAGAUAUAUGAUCUGCUGCCUGUACAUUGUAUAUAGUUGUAAAACAAACGAACGCUGAUCAGAUUAAAUAAAACCCACACGAAGACUUAAAAGAUUAGCUAGAAAGUAUAAUUGUAUGCAUAUAUGUACAAAAAAAAGAAUCUUAAAAGGAUGCAAUUGAGCUGCAUUUGAUUUACUAUUUGUCAUACUUCAUUCAUGAUCGGAUGUGUCUUCUUUACUUCUUUUACAAAGAUAGCUGGUGAGUCAGUAGGAUACUUGGUGGGGUUCCUUUUGGGUGUUGAAAUAAGGGUUGAAUCUGAACAGAUGUCUGAAUGAUGUACUGUACUACUGAGAAACCUAAGCACAGUGCUGCACAGCGGCAGAAGUUGCACCUUGCUCCAUCUGCUUCCCUGCCUCUCGAUCGCCUCACGUUCCCAUGCCCUCUUUUGAAGAGGAGCAGAUUACUUGCCAAGAUGCAACUCUUCCUUCUGGCCUUACGUGCACUCUUGACAAUUCACAUCUAUUAAACUCUAUUCAACCUACAAAUUGCUUUGUGAAAUGAAGCCCCUUGGUUUCGGUGUGUUCAUUCUCUUAGUUGCCUGCUUGUCUUUUCGUCUGCCAUAUAGCACCUUCCUAAAAGCAUCCUAUCUCAACUAAGCAAGCAAGGCCGCUGCUAGUGCUACACUGGGAGGUUUUUAACUUCACUGUGAUUGAUUUUUUUUUUCCCCCCCCAUUAUGGCCAGUAGGUUUAAACUGGUGUAGAAUUUUUAUCAGGAAAUGAGCUGAUAGAAAUCUGAGAUAUGUACGUCCCUGGGUCGGAACAAUACAGUGCAUUCUUCAAGUUUCUUUUUUUUGUGGCUUCUCGCUGACGUUAUUCGUGUCUGCAUGGCAUGACUUUGAGUUACUCUAACACAUCAUGUGAAAUUAAUCUGAGCCCUUGCUUUUUUGAAAUCCAACUUUACGUGGUUGUAAAUCAUGGCAGGACAGGAUGGAGGAAGGCAACGGGGUGGACUCUUAUUUAUAACUUUAAUCCAGUUCUGCUUCACCAGUGCUGUAACAAAACCUGGGGAAAGGCUGUGCUACGAGCUAAAAACCACAAGGGGGAGCUGUGCAAAAUGGAAGGCUGACGGGAUGGGAAAGGAAGUUUCAUACGUCUAUUCCUGAAUGUUUUUGUGUUGUUUGUAUUGUCUUCUUCAACCAGUAUGUACCCUUGUUAAUCACAUCAGAUCAUUUCUCUCAAUGAUACAGUAAUCCAUGCUGUUUGAAAUGUACAAAUGGAAAUGAACCCUACUUAAGUGCUUUGGACGCUGUAACUUAAGAGGAGGAAAAGAAACGGAAACAAAAACCCAUCAGCGGUGUGGUCAGUGAUGUGUGUGAGUGUGUGUGUGAGUGUGUAUAUAUCUCAGAGAGAGCAGAUAAUCGCGUUUGAGAGAGCGUGAUGGUGUGCAACAUGUCUUUUAUCCACAUAGGACAUGAUUUUUUGGCUGCAAUUUCAAACUUCCAGCUUCUGAGCUGCAUGUGAAAACCAGUGUAAAUAAUGCCAUUUCUACUCUUGACCUGAGACUUUUUGAAAUGCAAGAAAAGUUCAAAUGAUGAGAUUUGUCACACCACCUUCAUGGGUCAGUACUAACAUGUAGAAGUUGUUCAGAUAGUGCUCACGAUACUGUUAAUGUUUUUAAAGAGGGCGUUGGAAGUGCACAUCUGCCAUUUGGAUUAAUUGGAUAAUUGAUUUUUUGUUUUUUUGUUUUGUUUUUGUUGUUGGGGUGAGUUCAGUGUAUAAAGGGCUUGGAAGAGCAUCUGAAUUACCGUCAUGUUCACUGUCCCUGCUGAAUCAAAAAUAAUGCAUCCACUGUAUUUUGAAAAUGAGAUCUGUAAACCCCUCCCCCGCCCACUUCCUGCCCUGACUGAAAACUAAUCUGAUUUGUUGGGGGAGGGCGAAGGCAUGAGGUUCACUUUUUUUCCGUCAAGUUUGACACGUUGAACUGUAUCCCAGUUCCGAGGCUUCAAGGUGAGUGUGAAUGUCGGACUGAACAUAUGAAGUGAUGAUUAAAGAUGAGAAGUUGUAAACUAUUAAAUGGGAUAUUUUCAAUUUAUGCUGUGUAUUCUUGUCUUUGGGUUGGAGAAAACGAUCAAGCGAAUAAAAAGUCAAAUAAAAAAAUCUAGCUCAA